AUGCUCUCUAUACUACUUGCUGUUCUUCCUGCCUUAUUGGUAGGCACUUCUGCUGCCGCCGUGGUGCCUCGCGAUAGAACCUGCACUCUCGAACUCUGGGAGCGUCUCGGUCAAAACCCCGUUGUUGGCGGCGAUAACUCGCACACUUGUGGUGUGGAACUUGACUACGGUGACGGCCGAAAGGAUACCCUCACUACAGAAUGCAAUAAGAUCUGGCACUCAGGCGAUCAUUGCUACGAUUCACAGUUACCGAACUCCAUCUGGUAA